AUGACCUGGUAUCCUUUAAAUAUGCUUUUAAAAAAGGCUAAAGCAUUUAUGAAAAAGUUCUCAAUCAAGCGGCUUAAAAUAGGCUCAAUAGUUAAUCUUCUGGACAAACUUAAUAUGUAUGAAAGUAAACAGAAAAUGAAUAAAGUUUUAGGAACCAUAAAGAGACUUAUUGACAACAGACAAUGUUUUAAUCCAAAACAAGCUACUGAUGAACAACUCAGAACAGAACUUAUAGAAAGAGGAAAGAGUGCUCAUGGGACUAGAGAACAUAUGAUCACUAGACUGCUACAGUUAGAAAACCAUUGUCCAUUCAUGUCAAUUACAAUGCCAGACAAUGUUGUAUGUACAUUUGAUCAAAUGUGCUUGGGGGUGGAGUGUUGUAUGCAUAUUAAACUAGCAAUAUUCCGAUCAUCUAUCAGUGUAUUUGCUCGAUUAGAUCCUAAAGAAAUGAAAUUUGUCUAUGGAAUCAAUGGCAAUAAGUGGACAAUCAAGUUAGCAUCAGGAUCUAGCUUCGAUGUGGUUUGUUUUGAAGGUGUUGAAGGAGAAAACCCUACAGGAAUACAGUUGCCAGUGUUUGGUGGUGUUGAAGUCAUUGUCAGGUAA